AUGUCGUUCCCGUACAAAACGGUACUUGUUAUAGGGGCUACGAGUGGAAUUGGCCUAGCUUUGGCUGAAAAAUGCAUAGCCAUUGGCUCUCAUGUGAUAGCGGUCGGGAGAAGAAAGGAGAACUUGAAUGAUCUAGUCCAAAAAUACGGCAACAACAAGGUCACUAUCUUUCAAUUCGAUAUCACAAAUCUUCAAGGCAUUCCCGACUUUGUGAAAUCGUAUGCAUCCGAUACUCUCCUCCUUCAUCUUAGAACCUAUUUUACUAAUUUUCCAAUAUCAAGAGUCACAGCAGCACACACAAAGUUAGACAGCGUGAUCCUCAACUCAGGAAUCCAGAGAGGCUUUGAUUUCACCAAACCGGAGACUGUGGAUUUAAAUAUGCUUGAUCUCGAGGUAACAACUAAUUACCUCUCGCAUAUACACCUUUUCACGCACCUCCUCCCCCACCUACAGUCCCUCGCGCCCACUCUAACGGCUCUGAUAUUCGUAACCUCCGGCCUAGCACUGGUUCCCUUCCCACGCUAUCCCAAUUACUGCGCUACCAAAGCCGCAAUGCAUCACCUCAUCCUCUCCCUCCGUGAACAGCUUUCUGGGUCCAAUGUGAAGGUUGUAGAAAUCCUGCCACCAGCAGUGCAGACGGAGUUGCAUGAUGAGAAGCAUCAGCCGGAUAUUAAGGGUGGCGGAAGAGUAGGAAUUCCAAUUGGGGAGUUUACGGAGGAGGCAUGGAAGGGCCUGUGUGAGGGGAGUGAGGGAGUUCCCGUGGGGAUCAUAAAGGGGCAUUAUGAGGGGUGGGAGAGGGAGAGGCAGGAGGGGUUUAAGAUGUUGGUUAGAAUGAUGAAGCAGAGCGGGCAGUAG